GGGGCAGACAGCUUGCCAGCCGUGGAUUGCAGGCAGUAGGAUCCCUCAGGCCGGCAGGAUCCGGCGGGCAGAGGCCAUCAAUGGGGAGCCGGUAGCCCAGUCAGUCUUCCCGUAUGCUGAAGUCUGGGCUGGGCCCAGCGGCCGUGCUGCUGUUGGCGGUGGCCUGCGUGCUGCUGCGCCCCACGGCGCCUCCAGUCAGCCACCAGGGCAGCGCCGCUGGCGGCGGCGGGCAGCAGGCGGUAGGUGGCACGUGCGGGGGCAAGAGAACACAACCGCAGGCGGGAUGCUACUCGCGCCCUCGCCCCACGCCCAACAGUACCACUGCGGCCCCCGCCGCCGCCACCGGCGUUGCUGCCACCCCUGGCAGCGGCCCGCCGCAAGGCGCGCUGCUCAGCCAGCCCGCUGGGGACGGCCUGUACAUUGUGCGGUUCAGGCAGUACAGGAUGGCAGCCGACCACCUGGCGGCGCUGCAGGCGGCACUGGCCUAUGGUUCACCGCCUGACAGCUGGCAAUGGGUGGAGCGCCACAACCCCGCUGCCGCCUUCCCUACAGACUUUGGCCUGCUGCGCCUGGCGGCACCAGAGGCUGCCCUCAAGUCCCGCCUGGAGCAGCUGCCGUUUGUGAAGGGCGUGCACCCGGAGCGUCGCCUCACGCGCUCGCUGCUGGCGGCGCCAGAGCCUGGGGCAGAACAGCAGGAGGAGCACGCACAGGAUGCUGCUGCCGCCGAUGCCGCACGCCCUGGCACGCAGUUUGCGCCGUGCAGCAGCAGCAGCAGCGGGGGCGUCGGCAGCCUGGAGCAGGCAUGCGCAUCAAAGCGACAGGGCCGCCUGCAGACACGGCCCACCUUCAGCCUGGAGGACAACCUCUCAGAGGAGGAGGAGGAGCUGGCAGAUGCGCUGUCGGCACGCAUAGGCAACGACACUUUCACGCCGGAGUCCAGCCAGCAGCGGCGCCUGCGGCGCCGCCUGCAGGGCCGGCGCCGGCGCCAGCUGCUGCAGCAGGGCACGCUGGCCUCCAUCCUGCAGGCAGACAGCCUGUGGGCGCAGGGCUUCCGCGGCCAGGGCGUGAAGAUGGGCGUGUUUGACACAGGCAUCAAGGGAGACCACCCAGAUGUGAAGCACAUAGUGGAGCGGUCCAACUGGACGCACGAGCCCACCUUGGAUGACGGCCUGGGCCACGGCUCGUUUGUGGCGGGCGUCAUUGCGGGCACAGAGCCCACCUGCCCCGGGCUGGCCCCUGAGGUCUCCCUCUAUACCUUCCGCGUCUUCACCAACGACCAGGUCUCGUACACCUCCUGGUUCCUGGACGCCUUCAACUACGCCAUCGCCUCCCGCAUGAACGUGGUCAACCUGUCCAUAGGCGGCCCCGACUACCUGGACGAGCCGUUUGCGGAGAAGGUGGCUGAGAUCACCAGCGCAGGCAUCAUCAUGGUCUCCGCCAUCGGCAACGACGGCCCGCUGUACGGCACGCUGAACAACCCGGCCGACCAGAACGACGUCAUCGGCAUCGGCGGCAUCGACUACUCCGACCAAAUCGCGCCCUUCAGCUCCCGAGGCAUGUCCACCUGGGAGGUGCCCCUGGGCUACGGCCGCAGCAAGCCCGACGUGAUGGCGUACGGCAGAGACGUUCAGGGCUCCAAGAUUGGCGGCGGCUGCCGCAGCCUGAGCGGCACCAGCGUGGCCAGCCCGGUGGUGGCGGGUGCCGUGUGCCUGCUGGCCAGCGUCGUGCCAGAGGAGAAGCGGUGGCAGCUGCUCAACCCUGCCUCCAUGAAGCAAGCGCUGGUGGAGGGCGCUGUGCGGCUGCCGGGGCUCAACCUGUACGAGCAGGGGGCAGGGAAACUGAGCGUGGUCAACUCCAAGGCGGUACUGGAGCAGUACGUGCCACGCGCCUCCCUGGUCCCGGCCAGCCUCAACUUCACAGACUGCCCCUACAUGUGGCCCUUCUGCCGCCAGCCGCUGUACGCCACCGCCAUGCCCCUCAUGUUCAACGCCACCAUCCUCAACGGCCUGGGCCUGACCGGCAGGCUGGAGGGCGCGCCCGCCUGGACGCCCGCCGACGACGGCGGCCGCCUGCUGGAUGUGCGCUUUGAGUACUCGGAGCAGCUCUGGCCCUGGUCGGGCUACCUGGCGCUGUUCAUCCGAGUCAGGGACGAGGGCGCCGCCUUCCAGGGCAGCGGCGGCGGCGAGGUGGCCUUCACCGUGGUGUCCCCGCCGGCGCCCGGGGAGGCAGCCCCGCGCCGCUCCACCGUGCGGGUGCCGCUCACCGUCGGCAUCAUCCCCACGCCCGACAGGAAGCUGCGCCUGCUGUGGGACCAGUUCCACUCCAUCCGCUACCCGCCCGCCUACUUCCCGCGGGACGACCUGCAGGCGCGGCACGCUGAGCACGCAGCGCUUUAUGUGCGCCACGACAUCUUGGACUGGCAUGGAGACCACCCCCACACCAACUAUCACGACAUGUUCAAUGCGCUACGCGACGAGGGUUUCUUUCUGGAGGUGCUCGCCUCCCCCGCCACCUGCUUCAACGCCUCCCUCUACGGCUCGCUGCUGGUGGUGGACAGCGAGGAUGAGUGGUACCCCGAGGAGGUGGCCAAGCUGGCGGCUGAUGUGGAGGGGCAGGGCCUAGGCCUGCUGGUGUUUGCCGACUGGUACCAUCUUGAGUCCAUCCAGCGCCUGCGCUUCUAUGAUGACAACACGCGCAGCUGGUGGGAAGCUGCCACAGGCGGCGCCAACGUGCCCGCCCUGAACGACAUGCUGACGCCUUACGGCGUCGCCUUUGAGUCAGGCGCUCUGGAGGUCGAGGUGCACAUCAAGGGCGUGCAGGGCCCCUUCCACAUGGCAUCAGGCGUGCCGCUCAAGACGCUGCCGGUGGGCAGCUGGAUGCACCGCGCAGACCCCAAGCCCGGGGACGGUGAGCUGCCUCUCCCCCCCAGCACAUCGCUCACUCCUCUCCCACGCUGCUCCCCGUGUGCUGCUGCAGCCCAGUCGCCAGCCCCUGGGUUCCCCGUGCUGGGCCUGCUGCAGCACGGCGCGGGGCGGGUGGGCCUGUACGGGGACUCCAACUGCCUGGACAGCUCCCACAGCCGCAGCAAGUGCUUCAAGCUGCUGAUCAAGAUGGCGGCAUGGGCAGCCGGCGAGGUGCGGCGCGCGCUCCCCCGCGCUGCUCCUCCUCGCUUGGCUGUGUUCGGCUGCACGCUUCCCUCUCUGCUUCAGCCCGUCCCUCGCUCCUCUUGCUCGGGUCGCCGUUGUAUGCUCCGCUGCCUGCCUGCCUAUCUGCCUACCUAUCUGCCUCCUCACCUCCCCUGCCUUACCCCUCGCCUCGGCGCCCCAUCCCGCGCUCCCCGCAGGCGGUGCCGGCGCUGA